AUGACUGAGGUCUUCCGUGUGCAGUUGGUGUCUCUCUACCGCAGCCCCGAGGUGGUGGGUUGUACGGCCGAACCGGUACUGCACACGGAACUGGUUAUUCAAGGCCAGGGGACCACACACGAGGGGCACCAGGAAAAUGAACGAGGUAUAAUAAUGGGUUCUGUGGGACUUCUUGCGAAACACCAUUACGUAGCGAUAGAUGUGGUGAGUCAUUUUGAGGAGGGCCAACCCUUGAGGAUAGAAGAUAGUCUCAAAUCAAUUAGAGCUAGGCCGCCGCCGUAUAUUCAUGUGGAAGGUGGUGGACGUUUGUUUUUGUUACACCCCAUAGAACACAAUAGGUAUUUACUCUCUGUUACGGUUCCCAAAACCGUGUGGCGAUGGUUUGGCCCCACCGCAUUACAUGUUUUAUUGUCAACAGCUGUUAGGGGUUACGAAAUUGGAACAGACGUGGCGGCAGUUGCCUCUGUGCCGACGUAUUACCCAUUGCACAAUCGCAUAAGUGAGAAUGCUACAGCGGUGCAGGACGCGCUAAGGACUCGGAUGCAACAAGUGGUGGAAUUUACGGCACAUCUGACGGAGUGUAUAAGUCAAGGGACGGUUUCCUCACCCACCAUCUCGCAGGUGUCCGCACAGGUUGUUGCUUCUGUUAAUAAAAUGUGCAGCUGUAGCCCGUCUGCUUUGCGUCAUAGUAACCAGUUUCGAGUGAUGAUGCAGAAAUUAGUUUGGUCGGCCACAAAUUUUUCCGAGUACACAUCAAUGAACGGGGCCAUAGCCAGUGGUGGACUUUGCGAUGGCUACAAACGUUUGGUAGUCACGGCAUCUGCUGUGUGGCACCGUGGUGAGCCCGUAUUCAGUUGCGGUUCCUGUGAGGACUUUCAGAUGUACCUUCUACCAGCUGCUCUGACGACGUAUAUGUGCAGGUGCCUCGGUGAAGGUGCGCAACAAACCAUCACUAUAAAGUGCUUUGCGAUGCACGCGAGGACGGGAGCUGAUUGCCUUCGCGUUCCAGGUUAUUUAAAACCAAUGAGCCAACCACAUCAUGUUGGAGCGACAGUGUGUCUCUCUUUUGCCUCCGCUGGAGGGUGGUGUAUCGCCCUUCAAAUGGAAGUGGCAUUGAAUGACUUUACCGGCGCCCCCAUGUCUCAUAUAGUAUCCGGUGUGAUAAAGCUUAUCUCUACGACUCUUGAGGUUCCCCAGUUCACGAAGCUGAUGGCCAAUAAAAGCGCGGAAACCCUUCACUGUGCACCGUCUGCUUCCCUCUUCACCGCUGCGGCUUCUGGUGUUAUGGAAUCUGUGCGGCAGAUCGGUAUUUACCAACAUUACUGCAGUAACGGCGCGUACGCUAUCAACAUAUUACAGAAUACUUGUAUUUAUCACUAUUGCAAGGGCGACACUUCUCACCCAGGAGAGACGGCAGAGUGUAGGAAUCCGUGGCCGGAAAGUUUGGAUGCAGCUGCGCUUGAGCUGGUGCAGCUCACCUCCUUUUCUCUUCGUUAUGGUAGUGGCCGCGCCUCGAGGAAUGGCAGUGCUCUCUGCGCUGCGCCGCGCAGCUCAUCACCGUUCACCAUUCUUCGCACAAAUGGGGCUGUGGUGGCGAUGCUGGUUGUUCCAUUGUUAUUUCCCGAUGCUGCUGUUGCUUUGCUGGUGCUAGAGUUGGCUCCUAGCGGUUCUACAGCGCCGGCAAUCCGCGCCUUCGCAUCGUGGCUGGCCGCAAAAGUUAUGUAG